AUGGAGUUUGUGCUUUGUUAUCUGAAUCAGAUUGUGAGAAGAGAUUAUUCGUGUUUGCCGAUAAUGUAUUUAUAGUCUCCGAUUUUGUUUUUGUUUUGGUUCAAGGUUGAGAAUUUCUCAUCAAUCACGAUGAGUCCUGGUCAGUUGCCUUCAGAUUCGAUCAAAGUAGUUCCUGGCAGGAGUAAGCUGAGAGUUGAAUCUUCAAAUCCAGUUGCCAGAGGGAAUCCAACACCUAGAGCUUCAAAGGUGAAGCUGCUUUCGCCGGAGGAAGCUAUGAAACUUACAUCUGGAGGCAAUGGAGUGGCGGUUUCUCCAGUUAAGCCUGCUCGUGCAACUUCUCAAGUACCAAAACGUGUCCCGCCGAGUCGAACUCCUGAAGCACCAAGAUCUGUCCCGGCUUGUCCAAUUCCUGAAAUACCAAGACCUGUCCCAGCUCGUCCAACCCCUGAAACACCAAGACCUGUCACAGCUCGUCCAACCCCUGAAAUACCAAGACCUGUCCCAGCUCGUCCAAUUUCUGAAGUACAAACACUUGUCCCGACUCGUCCUACUUCUACAGCACCCAGCCCUGUCUCGGCUCAUCCAACUUCUGUAGUACCAAGCCCUGUCUCGGUUCAUCCAACUUCUGUAGCACCAAGCCCUGUCUCGGCUUGUCUAACUUCUGAAGCAUCAAAACCUGUGUUGGCUAAUCCUGCAGCAGGUAUUAGAAGAGAACUCGUUUGCAGUCUUCGAGCUUUGAGUAUGACUACUACACCAGUGAGACAGAGAACCACUCCAAGUCUCCUUAAAUCUAAGAAAGUUGAGCCUCCAAGUCCACGUGCGUUGCAAAUUCGUUCAAGAGUUAAGCAACAAGCAGCAAAUGCAACAAAAAUUCAACAAGGGGCGAUAGUGGAAGUUGGGGAUAAAGCUAAAGAUCAUGGUUCCAACGAGAUACGUCGAUCAGUCUCUGAGGAAGAAUUAUCGGAAUUACUUCAAUAUCUACCAGCUCAGAAUCCUACUUGGAACGGACGCAUUAUGGAUUCUGCCUCGCCGCCUGAGUUUGACUGCGAGUUUUGGUCUAAACCGGCAUCCAAUAUCAGGAGGAAGGCCCUCAGACGUUCAAAGGCAAUGCCUGCGUUACUCAAGGUCGAACUGCUUCCUACAUGCCACAUUCUAAAUGAUGUGUCUGGCAGAAGCCCAACUCUAUUGAAUGUCGAAAUGUACCUUUUCCCAGAUGAGAAGAAAACAGAAAGGUUUACAGGGGAACAUGCUACUCUGUUCAAGGCAAUGGUAACUCGCAAAGUCAUGGCCAAAGCUAAUAUAAACGGCACUGAAUUGUUAAUAUUCUCCUCAAAACUAUUGGACAAGACCUCCCAAUUUCUCAUCAAUACGCAGAAGAAAACAGAAAACUUCCUUUGGGGUUUUUUUCUCCAGACCAAGAACUCACUAGGACUUGUUCCAGAAACUGCUUCUCAAAUUGAUAAUGAUUUUGAUGAUGGGGGUGUUGUUGACAUGGACUUAGACAAUGAAUGCCUGACCCCGCGUGUGGCUCUGAAGCUUAUUACAGAAUCACAAAAAACUCCCUCAAGAUCACCGGAGAAGGUGAAGGGAGAAGCAAGUGUACCUCCUGGUUUCGAGAAGAUAUGGACACCACCCUUGGUGAAACUUAAUAUACAAGGAACAUCAAACCCUCUGUCUGAUCUAACCAGAUCGGCUGGAAUAGUGCGUGACCAAUCAGGGAAGUGGGUGUUUGGGUACAUCAGGUGCCAUAAGAGCAUCCCUGAAGUCGUAGCUGGGCUUUUGGCUAUAUACCAAGGCCUCAAAUAUCUCUGGGACAGCGGUUUCCGAAGAAUCCACUUGGAGACAACAAGCUUUGAGAUCAUCAAUGCUCUAACAACAAAAUCGUCCCUGUUUUGUAAAAGUAAAACGCUUCUAGGAGCGUGCAAGGACAUGAUAUUGAAGGAGUGGGAGUGUGACAUUUACCAUAUCUCCAAAGAACAGAACUCAUGUGCAGAAUGGUUAGCAAAGAGAUCAGAAGAACAGCCUCAAGAAUUAGUUUUCUUUGAAUACCCUCCUCGAGGCCUUAUGGAUUUUCUGGAGAAAGACCGCCUUGCAGCUAUGUAGAGCUUCUUCAGGUUUGAGGUACAGUCCCAGUGAGCAGCUUAGAGGUACAUAUCUCGAUUAAGUAGUCUGACCUUUUGAAAAUACUAGUAGAAGAAGAGAUGUUUGGAGUGUUAAUGUGACAUCCUUGCGUAGUCGUAAGUACAGUGGAGUCUCAUUGUAGCCACAGUUCAAGAACACAGACGUUUUUGUGAAGUGAAGAAUCGAAAUAACUGUAGAUUUUCCCUCCAGAUUCAGUGUUGCUCCUCUUCAU